AAAACAAUUGAUGAAACUCACAUAUGAUGGUAAUGUUUACAAAACUGAAAACAAUAAUGUUUUAUCGAUAGCAAAACGAAUUGAAGGAAAAUGGAAGGAGGUAUUGAGAAAUUAGCGAAACCACAAAUUAUAUGUCAUGCAGAAAAAUCCGUCAAUUAUUCAUUAUUUGACGGUAAAUGGAUACCAUGUUCGGCAAAAUUUAUUGUGUUAGGUAGCCAACCGAACGGUAAAGGCAUUAUACAAAUAUAUGAAAUAUGUAAAGGUGAAUUAAAACUAGUCAAUGAAUUUGGGAAGAAAUCAUCAUUUAAAUGUGGCACUUUUGGAGCAUCGAAUUUACGCGAUAGACAUUUGGCUACCGGUGAUUUUGAUGGGAAAUUACAAGUAUUAGAUUUAGAACGUUUUGAUAAGCCAGUGUAUUCAUGCGAUGCACAUCAGGGAAUUAUUAACACAAUUGACGGGAUCGGAGGAAUGGCGGUAGGCUGUGGAGCUCCUGAAAUUAUCACCGGUGGACGUGAUGGUAGUGUGAAAGUGUGGGAUGUUCGACAAGUGGGUGCUCCAGUUGCCCAUAUGAAAGCACGUGAAGGUGAAACAACACGUGAAUGUUGGUCCGUAGCUGCGGGUAACAGUUACAAUUCCGAAGAACGAGUCAUAGUUUCUGGCUACGAUAAUGGUGAUAUUAAAAUGUUUGAUUUGAAAAAUAUGUCGAUACGAUGGGAAUGCAACGUUAAAAAUGGAGUUUGUGGAUUAGAAUUUGAUCGUAAAGAUAUCAUGAUGAAUAAAUUGGUAGCGACAACGUUAGAAGGUAAAAUUCAUGUAUGGGAUCUUCGAACGCAGCAUGAGAAAAAAGGUUUUGCUGGUUUAAUAGAAAAAGCAAAUAAUCGUAAUACAAUUUGGCAAGUUCGACAUUUACCACAAAAUCGUGAAAUUUUCGUUACGACUGGUGGAGGCGGAACUAUUAGUUUAUGGAAAUAUAAUUACCCAACAAAACGUGUAUCAGACGAUGGUGAUGGUAAUAAAGUGGGUGUAAUUGGUAACUUACAAUUGUUACAACAUGCUGAUUUAAGUUCACAACCUGUAAGUUCAUUAGAUUGGUCACCAGAUAAAUUAGGUUUAGCCGUUUGUACAUCAUUCGAUCAAUGUAUUAGAAUUAUUAUUACAACUAAAUUAAAUUUAUAUUAAAUAUAAUUAAUAUUAUAAUACCUACCGAUGUUACCACUUUACCAGCUACUUCACACGGUCUUAUGUCCUACAGACCCCCCCCCCCACACCAACCAGUUCUUACUUAAUUAGUGUAAUAAUAAUCAUUUAUUUUGUUAAUAAUAGAUAUUUUUUUAUUCA